CAAACAGGAUGGUAGCCCAGACUAGGCAGCUGCAAACUAAGGGGAAAGGUUGGGUGCCUGGGUCUGGCCUCGCCAACCGGGUUACGGACUAGCGGUGGGGAGGCGCCACCGUGUACUGGCCGGGCACAUCCCAGCCUAGCCCAGCCGAAUUCGCUCUUGGGUCUUUAAGGGGCGGGGUCCGCUCCCAACUUGCAAGACUGCGUCAUUAUCUUGCGCCUCCGGCCUGCGUCUCCACGUGGGUUAGGUGUUGAAACCUGGGACUGCGGAUCAUGGCGGGAGCCGAGAGUUGGGACGCGGCCGGAGCCGAGGCCCCGCAGCCCCAGAAGCGCUACUACCGGCAACGUGCUCACUCCAACCCCAUGGCGGACCACACGCUGCGUUACCCUGUGAAGCCAGAAGAGAUGGACUGGUCUGAGCUAUACCCAGAGUUCUUCGCUCCACUCACUCAAAAUCAGAGCCACGAUGACUCAGAGGAUAAGAAAGAAAAGAGAGCUCAGGCCCAAGUGGAGUUUGCAGACAUAGGCUGUGGCUAUGGUGGCCUGUUAGACACGCUGAUUCUGGGUCUGGAGAUCCGGGUGAAAGUCUCAGACUAUGUACAAGACCGGAUUCGGGCCCUACGCGCAGCUCCCGGAGGUGGCUUCCAGAACAUCGCCUGUCUCCGUAGUAAUGCCAUGAAGCACCUUCCUAACUUCUUCCGCAAGGGCCAGCUGACAAAGAUGUUCUUCCUCUUCCCUGACCCACAUUUCAAGCGGACGAAGCACAAGUGGCGAAUCAUCAGUCCCACAUUGCUGGCAGAAUAUGCCUACGUGCUGAGAGUUGGGGGGCUGGUAUAUACCAUAACUGAUGUGCUGGAACUACACGACUGGAUGUGUACCCAUUUUGAAGGGCACCCCCUGUUUGAGCGUGUAUCUCUGGAGGAACUGAGCGAGGACCCCAUUGUGAGACAUCUAGGCACCUCAACUGAGGAGGGAAAGAAAGUUCUACGCAAUGGAGGAAAGAAUUUCCCAGCUAUCUUCCGAAGAAUACAGGAUCCCACCCUCCAGACAAUGACUCCCGGUCCCACCCUGCCUGGUCACUGACUACUCAUCCUACCUUGGCUCGACCCCAUCUUCCAGGGACUGGAAAGAAGAUCAGGACCCCUGGACCUUCCCAGCUGAUACUGCUGGGGCUGAGAGGCAGUGAUCUCUCAAAGAAGUUGGGGCUGCCUAUGGAAGAAGGCUGAUGUUCCCAACUACCCCCAGCUCCUCUCACCUUCUUGUCCCUUCACUUCCAGCAGAAAUCAAAAGAAGCUGACUGGGAAGGGCAAAGGGUUUUGGACCAGAGGGGAUGUUCGGAAGGGUGUGGGGUCUUGCCCUCCCUUAGCACUCCCUUCCUCUUGUAGGAUCUCUCCUUAGCUGGAGUGAGGAAUGCAGUGCUCCACUGUCCAUCUAAACUGCCUGCUAGGCUCAAACCACCUGUCUACUUGUGUUUACUUUGCAGUCCUGGGGAUAAAGUG